AAGGACCACAUUCCGGUGUUUCAAAAACAACAUUAAAGCGGCUAAAAUCAGCAUGAAUUCGUUUUUUUGUGGAUUAUUGGAACCAGGAGGCUUUAGUUUUCAUAUUAAUGCCAUGUUAACUGUAUUAAAUGACUCACAGUGCGCAGAAAGAAGAGCUGUAAGCUAGGCUUCGAAUAGACUUUAUUUUAAUUACUUUAACAGCAUGCUUCACGAGUCUCCAGUGCCGACAUAUAAAUAAACUCGAGCUCUUGUUUACAAGUUAGACAGCCGCUGAGCAAGCUGUGAAAACAACAACAACAACUGUAUGGCACGCGUGCGGUCCAGACAUCCAAAUAUCUCAAGACGCAGCUUUGUUUAAACAGGACAUGACGUGAAAGGCGUUAUUUUAUUAAGAGCUUGAGAUGUGAAAAGUCCCUGUGUGUCAUAUGGUUUGCUCAGAAGACUAGGUAUUACUUGGUCAAUGACAACUUUUAGAAGUACUUUGGUAGAAAGGGAAAAAAAAGUAGUUUGGAGAAAAAGGAAAUAAAUAAAGAAAGAAAGAAGCGAGACUAUUUGUGGUAUUUUCGAUAUUUUUAACUAUACACGUGCAGUCUGGAGGAGAAACGCAUCACAGUAUAGACAUCUGCGCAGUGUAUUCAAAUCAGGGCUGGAGGAAGGAACGGUUUGCGUGCGGGGGAUUCGCCGGUGAGUCUUGCUGUAAUUGGCUCAUCCGAACGUGGUUCUUUUCCAUUCGACCAAUCAGUCCAAUGAGCAGUCGCGCUCUAUAGAUUGGCAGGCACGCCCCUCGACGGUUGCGCCGCCUUAUAUGACUGUGUAUUUUCCUCACUGACCAAAGCUGGGAUGUGUGUAAACGUCACGCGUUGUUUUUCUCUCUUUAUACUUCAGUCAUUCUGAAAGCGGUGUUAUUUUGUGGCGACCCGCCGCCGGAAGCUCAUUCACUCAGCGCAACUCUUACUCCGCGUUAGUUUGGUUGGAUUUAUUAAAAAAUAUAUUUUUUAUUUUUUAACUUUAGUUUUUGUUUCUGUCUUAAACAAGUUGCAGAAAGUGAGUCGGAGUAUUUGUAUUAUUAUUAUAUAUUUUUUUGAAGCGCCAAGGAUGGCGAGUCCGCCACUAACGGGAGGGACCUCGUUAUCAAACGUCAACAUGUAUUCAAACAACGUCAAGAAAAGUGGGUACCUUAAAAAACAGAAGCACGGACACCGGAGGUUUUUUGUUUUGAAAGAGCAGAGUGACUGCUUGCCAGCGCGGUUGGAGUAUUAUGAGAGCGAGAAGAAAUGGAAAAACAAAUCAGCUGCGAAAAGAGUCGUCUCUCUUGACUCGUGUUUGAGCAUAAACAAGCGCGCAGACGCGAAACACAGGUACUUGAUCGCUCUGUAUACCAAGGACGAAUAUUUUGCUGUAGCUGCUGAAAACGAAAGCGAACAGGAGAGCUGGUACAGGGACCUCACCAAUUUAAUGAAUGAGGGAAAAGUGUAUGACAGCGCAGUGACCAACUCGGCGUCCUCUUUAGUGGGCUUUGACGAGGGUAAUUACGGUAUGAUUACUCCAGUGAACGCCGCUUACAAAGAGGUAUGGCAGGUGAAUUUGAAAUCUAAAGGACUUGGACAGACUAGAAACAUCACGGGAGUUUACAGGUUGUGUUUGUCAAGUCGGUCAAUUAGCUUUGUGAAACUGAACACUGAAGUUCCAUCUGUCAGCCUGCAGCUAAUGAACAUAAGGCGAUGUGGUCAUUCUGACAGCUUUUUCUUCAUCGAGGUGGGCAGGUCUGCUUCUACUGGCCCCGGGGAGCUUUGGAUGCAGGCAGAUGACUCUGUAGUGGCACAGAACAUACAUGAGACAAUUUUAGAGGCUAUGAAAGCAAUGAAAGAGUCGUCAGAGUUCAGACCGCGCAGCAAAAGCCAGUCUUCAGGCUCCAACCCCAUAUCUGUACCCACUCGGAGGAACUUGAACAAUUUGCCUCCCAGUCAGACAGGGUUGGUAAGGAGGUCAAGGACAGACAGUGUGGCAGCCACGUCGCCUAUCAACAAGUUUACUUCCUGUCGGAUACGUACAGCCAGUGAGGGCGAAGGCACCAUGGCGAGGCCAGUAUCCAUGUCGGUAUCGGAAAACGGAAGCCCCACUGUCCGGAACCACAUGAGUAGGUCCAACACUGUUUCCGUGGGAUGCCGUUCAUUCGAAGCAUCACUUCUACAUCACAACCGAUCCAUGUCUAUGUCUGUGCCUGUAUCUCAUUCACGUUCAUCUCCAAUAAGCCCACUGAGCCUCUCCUCUACUAGCGUGAAUGGCUCUACCUCCACCUCAGCAGUACAUAAACCUUCAAGUUGCAGUGGCUCUGUCUCAGGGUCACCCAGCGACACUGGCUUCCUGUCAUGUGAUGAGUACGGGUCCAGCCCAGGGGAUGCAAAAUACAAUGCAUCCAACCGGAGCAAUACACCUUCAUCCUUUUCUGGGACGCCCCCUUCCCGUGAAAGCACAGAUAUCCACGGUUACACGAUGAUGGAGAGUCCAUCAAGCCACUCCUUGAAUAAGAUCCAGGCAUCCAGCAGAGAGAAGUUGGACUUGGAGAAGUUAUACAGGAAGAGAACAUACUCCCUUACAGUACCACAACAACCUAAGACCCCCUCUCAGCAGUCAUCAGCCUCACUUGAUGAAUAUAUGUUGAUGUGGGCGGUUUACGCUAAUGGCCACACUGGGCAGAGCACACACACUGUUUCUCCAAAGGUUUCAUACCCUGAGGAUUAUGGGGACCUUGAAAUUGGCUCCAGCAGGAGUUCUGUCAGUAACCAAGGUGAUGAUGGGUACAUGCCCAUGACACCAGGUGGGGCACUACAGGGCAGCAAAAAUGACCACUAUGUGCCCAUGAGCCCCAUGUGUGUCUCGGCCCCCAAGCAGAUCAUCAAUCCUAGGUCCCACCCUCAGGCUACUGGUAGGCAAGGCACAAUUAAUUCUCCCAGUACUGGUUCACUAGAGGACAAUGGUUACAUGAGGAUGUGGUCUGGCUCCAAAUCCUCACUGGACAGUACUGAUGUCAGAGUGACAAAUGGGGAGUAUAUGAACAUGUCGCCUGUUGAUCUGCAUGUCUCAGCAACUCCACCAGAUUAUUUUCUUGGAGGGUGUGCGCCAGCACAGCGACCCUCUUCCUUGCUAAAUUUGAACAAACAUGAAGGUCCUAAAAGAGAAGAGGACCAGUAUGUUUUAAUGUGCCCACAGGGGCAUAAGCGAGGAGAGGAGACAAACUGCAAUGCCAUGUCUAUGGCAAACCCUGGGCUGUUGUUUUCCAGCCCCUCCACCCUUCUCCCACUCAGGCAUAGUCGGAACGAUGGACUGUUGCACCGAGCACGAGUCAGCAGACAGAACAGAUUAUCUCUGGAUACUCUAAGGAUGCUCCCAAGAAUGAACGAACAUCCCCUCCCCAGUGAGCCAAAAAGCCCAGGGGAGUAUAUCAACAUAGACUUCAGUGACACUGCACGGUACUCCUUGCCCUCUGGAUCAGUGGAGAGCCAGGCUUCAUCACCUAGCCUUGGCAGCAUAAGAAGAAGAUCCCCACUUUGUGACUACAUGAACCUUGACCUAAACUCACAUUCCCCAAAAUCAGAAGAAACCCUUGCUAGUUCCUUACAUGAUAUCCCGGAGCUCACCAACUGUCCGUGCUCAUCUGACGAUGGAACGUAUGUCCCUGAUGAGCAGAACUCCUCCUGUUCACCCAGCACAAGGAAAGAUGAUUAUGCUGAGAUGAAGUUUGAUAAUGCCACCUCCAUCAUCACGGAGAAUGAUGAAACUGAUAUGGCUAGCCCCACUAACAGGGUACAGCGACUUAUUCUGAGUGACAAGAGCAUGCCAGGAAUAGGAGCAUUCCUCUUACCCAACUCCACAGUCGACCCUGAUGGAGAGGCAAAGGUGAUCCGAGCUGACCCACGCGGUCGAAGACGGCACAGCUCGGAGACCUUCUCGUCCACCACCACUGUAAUGCCAGUGUUUCCUUCUUUCGCCCACAGUUGCAAGCGGCAUAGUUCUGCCUCUGUCGAGAAUGUCUCGGUCCGGAGCAGCGAGGGUUCUGAUGAGGAAUACGGCAGUCCCAUGUGCAAAGAGACUUCUGCUGGGUUCCAGGAUGGUCUGAAUUACAUCGCCUUAAACCUCAUGGAAAAUAGAGAGUUUGGGAACUGUGAAAACAUGAUGGGAUUCAAACCUAUCGGUUGCUACAAAGGAGGACUAAAUGGUCUACACGACAGCCCAUAUGUUUCGCUGGGAUUCAAGGAGACAGUGACCACUGUAAAAGAUUGAUUGUUGCACGGAUCAUGGUGGUAGCGUAUGUCCGUGACCAGAGGCGGUGGCCGCCGCAGCUGUGACUUUGCUGCUGUAGAUGAACUUUGACCUUCGACCCUCACUCUGCGUUCUUGACAGAUUAAUGUUGAUCUUAUCCAGGCUGGACACUUUAAAUGUGGCCAUCUCUGCAAGCAUGGAAACCACGAUCCGCUCUGUCCUUCAGGAAUUGCAAAUUGCUGCUCUGUAGGUGACAAUGGUCACAUACUUGUGUUGUGUAUGUAUAGAUUAUUUUUAUCGUUGUUAACACUAAUCGUACUCUGUUGGCCCUGGAGGAACGAAUAGAAUACAGCUCGUCACUCAUACCCCAAAAAACCACACCCAGAAUGUCUAAUAUUUACUUACUAUACACACAAACGUCUACAAAGGUACAUAUUUAAUGAUUUAUUUAUUUUUAGUAUAAUGACUAACAUUUAUGACAUUUACUGAUUAACAGCAAAGACCCAGGAGACCGCUACAUGUCCUACCUCAGGAAAAGAGUCUAUUGUGGGUGUACAAAAUUCAGACAUAAUGCCGAUAUUUAUGUUUAUGAUUUUUUUUCUUUACAUUACCAAUCCAAAGCCUUACUGUUUCAUUGAUAUAGAAUUUGCUCUAAUAUACUAAUUAGGACCUAUGUAAUAAGAUCUAAAAAUGUAAAUGAUAUCGAACAUAUUUUUAUAUAGAUGCUUAUUUAAUCUCACCUUGACUAAGGAAAGAGGCCACUUUAUAAUAUAAUUUGGAAAUAUGUCUGAAAUAUGCAAGUCGAACCACUCAAUCACAUGGUUGUUGCACAUGACAAUUGCCUAUCUUCAGAAAGAUUAACACAGGAAUAAGUAUUAUUUUUAUGACCAAUUACAUAAACAAAAUAUAUGUGAAUAUAUCGUUAUAUAUAAUGUAUCGCUUGGUAAAGCCAUACAUAUGUGCCCUAUUAUAAUGUCUCCCUUUUUGGACAUCGCACUACAGUUGCCACACUGUAUACCUCCACUUACCUUCUCCUGUCACUAGUGAUAUUAGAGGUGGUGAACAUGGUUGUGUUUAAUUUAUUGACAAGACUAAGCAGUGAAGUACAUUGUGUGUUUAGUAACUGGUAGAAACACAGGCACUUCACAGUGAGUUGCCAGUUGCUGACAGCCGACACUGUGAUGUCAAGCAGCUCCAGAUUGUAAUACAUGACACUUUUGAAUGUAGUGCAUGUAACUCAUUUAAGAUGUGUGAGAGGGAGAAGUAAACCAAAAUAACCUUUUCUUCAUUUCUUUACCCCUGUACAAUUGUGCAAACUGUGCACAAAGCUGUUAUUAAACAAGCUGAGGGAAACUUACGAGAUCUCUUCUGUCCGAAAAGGAUUAAGAACUAAUUUUUUUUUUUUUAAUAAAUAGCCAAGCAAAAUAAGUAAACACAGAAAACAUUAAAUGGUUAACAAUUUGCACAGAUGAGGUGCUUAUUCUUUCAGCUAAUAUAUAUCAUACUAUGGAUUUUUUAACUAUAGGAUUUCACAAAGAGAUACACAAAAAGGCACUUUAUUAAGUAAUUCUGUAAAAAAAAAACCACACACACACACAAACAACAGCUAUUUGAUUCUAGGGCAAGUCCUGUUUCACGGUACCAUCUGUCCACCCUCUUUAUAUGCAAUAUUUACACACGAAAAAAAAGAUAAAUUAGUUUACAAAGUGGAACCAAAUGUGUAAAGACUCUUAAUGUAUUUGUUGAAAGAUUUUACACAGAGAUUGACUAUAUGCUGUUUGUACUUUUCUUUCUGCCAACUUUAUUGAACUUUAAAUUCAACAGUAUUCCUGGAGUAUAAUAUAGUAAAACAUUUGAUUGAACUUG